GUGUCGGGCGCGCGUUCUCGGCGAGCACUUCCGGUGCUGUUUCCUGUGUUUGUAAACUGUAGCUCGCGCUGGCUGAUGUGGACGCUGCGAUUAGGAGGCGGUUCUUUUUUUCUCCUCAGACGGAAAAGCGAAAGCGAUUUAAAGGACAGGACGAAAAAUUGGUGCCAGAUGAUAGCAGUGGGUGUGUCCUAUUGUCUAGUGCAUCAUCCUGAGUGACAGCUCCUGGCCCCUCCCCCUCCCCCUUGUCCUCUUCAGUGAUGUCACACAUACCAACCACCUCGGUCCGUGACCAUAUGAAAUGGGCGGGGCUGCUCGGAUGUGAAGCCGUCCUUUCCAGCAUGGCUCUGAUGCAGGCCAGCACCAUUUCUGCUCCAAAGAAGAUGAUGACAUCGCUGGCCCCACCCCCUGUUCCAGGUUCCACUCAGAGGGACCCACAAGGGCACAUGGGCUUAACAGCAGCCAUGACCUGCCCUCCACUGCUUGUCCGUAAAGAAGGAGACUUUCAUGCCCCUCGCAUGCUGGACGAGAAGGAAAUGAGACCGAAUGAGGACAUGCAUUUGAAGAAGAAGAACAGGAAGUCGGGAACGCCCUGUAAAGUCCGAGAGCAGGAGGGGAAAGGAGGGAAGGGUGUUGUGGUGGACGAGAACGGGAAUUGUCCUCUUUCCAAAGUGCAGAAGAACUUUAUCUGUGAUCACUGCUACGGCGCCUUCCGAAGCGGGUAUCAUCUGAAACGACACAUUCUCAUUCACACCGGGGAGAAGCCAUUUGCUUGUGCUAUAUGUGACAUGAGGUUUAUUCAGCGUUACCACUUGGAGAGACACAGCCUCACUCACACCGGGGUGAAACCGUAUGCAUGCACCAUGUGCGACAUGCGUUUUUUCCAACGUUACCACCUUCAGAGACACAGCCUCAUACAUACGGGGGUGAAGCCCUACGCUUGCUCCAUGUGUGACAGGCGUUUUUUCCAACGCUACCACCUGCAGAGACACAGCCUCACUCAUACGGGGGUGAAGCCCUACGCUUGUUCCAUGUGUGACAUGAAGUUUUUUCAGCGUUACCACCUGCAGAGACACAGCCUAACCCAUACGGGGGUGAAGCCCUACGCUUGUUCCAUGUGUGACAUGAAGUUUUUUCAGCGUUACCACCUGCAGAGACACAGCCUAACCCAUACGGGGGUGAAGCCAUAUGCUUGCUCCAUGUGCCAUAUGAGGUUUUUUCAGCGUUGUCACCUUCAGCGACACACCCUCACCCACACGGGGGUGAAGCCAUUUGCUUGCACCAUGUGUGAUAUGAGGUUUUUUCAACGCUACCAUCUCCAGAGACACAGCAUCACCCAUACGGGGGUGAAGCCUUACGCUUGUUCCAUGUGUGACAUGCGUUUUUUCCACCGUUACCAUCUGCAGAGACACAGCCUCACUCACACGGGGGUGAAGCCCUAUGCUUGUAACAUGUGUGACAUGCGUUUUUUCCAACGCUACCACCUGCAGAGACACAGCCUGACCCAUACGGGGGUGAAGCCGUACGCUUGCUCGAUGUGCGACAUGAGGUUUUUUCAACGUUACCACCUGCAGAGACACAGCCUCACUCACACUGGGGUGAAGCCGUACGCUUGCUCAAUGUGUGACAUGAGAUUUUUCCAGCGUUACCACUUGGAGAGACACAGCCUCACUCACACGGGUGAGAAGCCAUUUGCAUGUGAUAUGUGUGACAUGCGCUUCAUCCAGAGAUAUCACCUGGAGAGACACAAGCGCGUCCACAGCGGAGAGAAACCGUAUCAGUGCGAGCGAUGCCAACAGAAUUUCUCCAGAACAGACCGGCUGCUCAGACAUCGGCGGCUGUGCCAGGGAAGGGGUGUGGCUAAAGUGGAGGCCACACCCUGCUGUGAACCACGCCCCUUUUCUCAAGACCCGCUCCCGGCUCCACCCCCAGCUCCGCCCAACACCUGGAGUCGACUCGCGGUCUGACAUUCCAAACGGAAAUUUGGGGAAAAAUGACAAACACACACUUCCUGGCUCCCUGACCGUCGCCUCGCACUGCCGCGGGAGGAAAAGAAAUAAAUAAUUGAAUAAAAACCACCCCGACGUUACUGAUCGAGAGAGGGAGAGAAUCAAAUGCGUUGUUUUAUUUUAUUUUUUUAUGAUUUUGUCGCCGUGGGAAAAAGAAAAGAUCUCUGCGUACGAGAUCAUGAACAUCAAUCUUACACUUGACGAAUUUUUUUAAAAGGUGCGAACGAAUCGCAAUGCAGACAAAAGUCGUCUCCGGCGUUUCUUUUUUUUUUUUUUUUUCUGUGUUCCUGAUUGUAUUCCUCUCUCCGCUGUGGACGCUCACUCGAUAUCUGCGCCGUGUGUAAAUAACCAUAUUGAGGGUUUUUGUUUUUUUGUACUGUAACACUUCUCUCCACUCCUCAUACACACUCUGCUCGUUACUAGUUAGUGCUAAUGUGCGACUCAGUAGAACGGUUUUAGGGUCAUACAUUUGGAAAUUCAUUGCUGAUAAUGAAGUGAUCCUGGGGGCCAGGGAGUGGGCUAUUUUAUUAUUCCAGGUUAUAAAAGGCUCAUUAACACGUUCAGUUGAUCUGUUCACGAAGUUAAGAAUCUCCUCAAGGACUUCACAUAUGUGACUUUGUUAGCAGAAGGAUUCGACAUUUCCAGAUGUUUGGAGAAACCCCUCAUCCCACCGGGCUCGUGCUGUUUGUUCUGUUGCCAUGGUGAUACCCAUGACAACCAUUCCAGUUGAAACCCCGGUCCGGGUUCUACAUCCAUGUCUAAACGUUUUUUUUUUUUUUUAAUGCACAUUUCACACUCGUCCCUCAGCGUGAACUACGAUUCGCAGAGUUUUUAUCCUCUCUUCAUCACUAUGACUUUCUCUCUCGUACUUAAUGGGCAUCACGAUGAAAAAGGCUCUCGCCGUAACUACACAAAAAAGACUCAACAUCCCAUGAUGCAUCUCUUCACAAACUGGAAAAAACAAACAAAAAAAAAACAAUGGAAAGACUCUGCGAAAGUGAAGCAGAAUGGACUGACGGUUUGGGGAAAUUUACAGCUCUGUGUACCAUGCUUUAAUUACAGUUUGAAUUACGUUUGUUUA